CUCCGUCUGUUGUGCCUCAGAUGAUGAAGUCUGUUCAGCCUGUUGCUCUGCUUCUCAUGAUAAUGAUGAUGAUGAUGAUGAUAGGUUCUGUGUCUGCUGGUCCUCUUCCUCCUUCACCCAACCAUUCCAGAGAUGAUGAUCAGGACGCUGGGAGUCUUCACCUGUUGGAGGACGGAAAGGAAAACUCCACCAGGUUUGAGUCUCGUCAGAAUGUCAACAACACGCUGGGCAACUUCACAGGAAGCGUCACAUUGAACAGUGGGAUGAAUGAGACAGGUUUAUGUCCCUUCGUUAUCACAAGGAUGAGCCCACAACGUUGCAUCCUCCCCACCUGUUUAACAGCGAACCUUGGCUCCUCCCUGCAGGUGGGGGAUGAGAAGGCCGGUGGCGCUACCACCGACCCGUUCGGCGUCGGAAAGAAAUGAAACGAAGCAGCCGUUUAAUCAACAUAACUGCAGAAUCUCCACGUGAUCUGCUCACUGUUCAUCCAACACACGUUUUUAUCUUCUCACGUGGACAGCUUCAAACUGGUUCUCAUUGUUUGUGGGUCGAGACAGAACAAUAACCGAUCAAAUUUAUUUUAAAGGUCCUGAGGAGAUGACACACACCCAUAUAUCAAAGAAAGGUUUUUAUGAUGCAGUGAAGUGUGAGGGGCUGCUGGUUCCUGCAACAUGCAACUCUCCUGCUCCCGUCAUCAGAAAAAAAUGAUGAAGCUGCAGUACAACAUAUCUGCUUCUUUGAUAAAAAAAAUGUCAAAGCUACAAGGUGCCUGUGUACAUAAAAACUUUGAGGUAAACAUAAACUGCGACUCCCAAGAUGCAUUUGGGCAUGAAACCGCCAGUCACAGACCUUAAAAUUCUCUGAUGUCAGCCGCUAACAGUGAGUGGAAGUUAAAGAUGAAUUUGUUGAGAAAACUGAAAACAAUCUGAACCUUACAGCAGUUCACUGCUAAAAUCUAGCUGAGCUGUGGGUGAAUUCAGUAACCACGUCGACCUGCUUUGAAUUCAACACCUGCUCUGAUGGCAACGACAGCAGAGGCUCAUGGGUACUGUAGUAUUUAGAUCCAUUUGCCAAAAUGAAGGACAGAUUCGGAUUAGUCAGAAACAGAGACUAAAUAAUUCAAACUGGUGUCAGAACAUGUUCAGCUAGUUUUGAAGUUUUAAUUUCAGUAACACUGGGGAUAUUGUUGAAAGAAAAAUGCUAACUGUGAAAAAGGAUUCGUUAAAAGUUUCACAGCUCUGUUUUUCCUGAGCUAGAAAUUCACACAGCAGAGGAAACUUUUUUUUCCUUUGUUGAUCUCCCCAGUGUUCUUCAACGUAGAAACUCAGGAGUCUCCUGGAUAAUUUUACUUCAUGUUCUUACCGACAGUUUGAAUUACUUGGAUUUCUACCACCAACACUGGUAAAACUCUGUUGCUUUUGUUUGCAAUUUUAUCAGUAUUAUUUUUAUUUUUCUGGCUAAUUUCAGACCAUGACCAUUGUUCCAAAUGAUCAAAUUAGAGCCAAUAAGAGCCAUUCAUCCAUCUAUGUAUCUAUUUAGCUAUUAGGUCACCAGUACAUUAUUCAAAUGUCACCGAAGUUGACUUGCACAUCCGGUAUGUCGUCCAAUACUGUCGUACCAAAUCUGGAGAAAAUAUGAUGGUGUUUCACUUUUUAAAAAUUUCUUACAUAAUAUUACUCAGCGGUUCGAAAUUCCUCAAGCUUUCUGAUCAGAGUUGUAUCAGCUGUUUGGACCCUGGUUUACUAGUUGCAGUUAAAAGAAAUAAGACUUAUAUAUAAUUAUCCCAUCUUCCCGAUCGCCCCAGAUCAGUGUGCCUGUGGUUCAGUGUUGUCUCGGUUGCUAUGUUUGCAAGUCUAGUUUAAUAUAUCAUAUGUCAGUUUGGUGGAUAUCUUUAAAUAAUACAAUACCCAUAAGCCUCAGCUGCUGUUGCCAUGGAUAAGAAGACAGUCAGAGGCAUGAAUGUUUCUAAUGACAAAAUGUGAAGCUCUGUGAUCAGCUGUUUGUUUGGAAUGCACCCCCUCUUUCUUUUCUUUCUUUUCUUUUAUUCAGGUUGAGAAUCACUGUGUUCAAAAUCUUAAAAACUGUUAAUAAUAAACACCAUUUAUAAACCUGACUCCUGGAAUUAAUCUAUUAAACAUAAAGUGAAUAAAAACAGAAAUAAUGUUACAUUGAAUUCUGUAAACUCACAUUCAAAUGAAUCAUAAU